UCACAGACGAGCCUAGCGGGGUAAGCAAAUCCAAAGAGGAUGUGCACAUCACGAUCACGCCAUCAUCUUCUACCACAUGUCGUAGAAGCCGGUAGUAAUGGGAAACGUAAGACGUUGAUCUUAACUGGUGUUAAUUGCAUCGUUUUAUAUGUGCUAUUAUCAAGUGCUCUUAUUUCUAUGCGGACUGCAACUGAAAUCUGAAACCGACCGUCUUUUUUUCUUAGUUUUACAAGUGUACCUCUCCAGGAAACGUUCAUUCAAAGCGCUACAUAUGUCGAAGGCAUCCGUUCUUUUGAUAUAAAUUAGAAUCGUUUAUGUCUCACUGCAAAAGUUGAUUUUGUCAUAAUGGUGGCUGGUGAGUUGCUUCAAGAGCAACAUGUUCUGCCCGACAGUACACCUGACUGCAGUGUCACUGCCUGCGAGACGCCAGACGAGGACAGCUGUUAUAGGGAUCUUUCCGAUGGACCGGCUCUUGUAACUGUGGAUCCAAAGGUGCUGGAACAGGAGCUUCUUCCACCGGACGAAAAAGAGGCGAUGCUUCCCAGCGAGCAGAAUGAGAAACCCCUGGAAACGAAACUGUACUGGAGCAGGUUCGCGGUGCUGGCGGUGUUCAGCCUCUAUUCGCUCGUCAACGCAUUUCAGUGGAUCCAGUACAGCAUCAUCGUCAACAUUUUCACGGACUAUUACAAUGUAACAAACAUUAUGGUCGACUGGCUCUCUGUGGUCUAUAUGGUCGUGUACGUGCCUUUGAUCUUUCCCGCGACGUGGCUGUUGGAUAAGAAGGGACUGAGGAUGACAGCGUUACUAGGAGCCGGCUUGAACGGCGUAGGUGCGUGGGUGAAAUGCGCCAGUGUGAGGCCCGACCUGUUCUGGGUCACCAUGAUCGCACAGAUCAUAUGUUCUGUGGCACAGGUGUUUAUCCUAGGUCUCCCCUCCAGAAUCGCGUCGGUUUGGUUCGGGCCGAGAGAAGUUUCCACGGCGUGUGCUACAGCUGUGUUGGGCAACCAGCUUGGUGUAGCAAUAGGUUUUCUGCUCCCACCUGUACUGGUACCGAACACACCAGAUGACAAAGAGCUCAUGGGCCACAACAUCAGCAUAAUGUUCUAUGGGACAGCUGGAGUUUCAACUCUUUUGUUUCUUUUAACAGUGUUUGUCAUCAAGGACAGACCUCCAAUGCCAUCCAGCAAGGCGCAAGCUGUUCUCUCUGGAAAUCCAUCUGAAGAGUAUUCAUACAAGAAAUCAAUCAUCAACCUCUUCAAAAACAAGCCCUUCCUUCUGCUCCUUAUCAGUUAUGGCAUCAUGACAGGGUCGUUCUACUCUGUAUCUACCCUCCUCAAUCAAAUUAUAAUUUAUCACUAUCUGGGUGAAGAGAUAAAUGCAGGCAGAAUUGGCUUGACUUUGGUGGUGGCUGGAAUGGUGGGCUCCAUACUGUGUGGACUCUGGUUGGAUCGUACUAAAACUUACAAAUUGACAACAUUGAUUGUCUACAUUCUGUCGUUCAUCGGAAUGGUGGUGUUCACAUUCACGCUGGACUUGGGACAUCUCUCUGUGGUCUUCUUUACCUCUGGGGUCCUGGGGUUUUUUAUGACUGGUUACCUUCCCAUUGGCUUUGAAUUUGGUGUUGAAAUUACAUACCCCGAGUCGGAGGGAACAUCAUCUGGUCUUCUGAAUGCAUUUGCACAGGUCUUUGGCAUCAUUUUUACUCUCAUCCAAGGACGGCUCACGACAGACUACUGCCCACUCAUUGGAAACAUUUUCUUGUGUGCUUGGAUCCUCCUUGGCAUUGUUCUGACAGCUUUGAUUAAAUCAGACCUCAAAAGACAUGACAUCAAUGUGGGAAACAUUAACAAAGGACAAGAGGUUCCCACUGAGCAGCCUUUGGAAAAAGCAUCCAGUGGCAUCAAGUCAGAGUCCUCCAGCUUGCAUCAUGAGACCUCAAUUUAACUCUUAAAUGUCUACAAUUGCACAUCAAACAUCACUACAACAGAUCAUAGACUUUCCUGAGAUUACUUGACAUCUCCUUUUUUGCUGUAAUGUAAUAGUGUGGUAUAAAACAUUUUUGAGUGAAAAUGGCCAGUGAUGCCACGUUCACAUGUCGUUAACGGGCUAACCUACUCAGAAAUGAAAAUUCUGUCAUAAUUUACUCAUUUUGAGAACACGUAUGACUUUGUCUCCUGUCGAACACAAAAUAUAUUAGGUGGCCUCAGUCACCAUUCACUUUCAAUUGAUGGAAAAAAGAUGCAAUGACUGCCUAACAUCUUUUGUGUUCCAUCGGAAGUCAUACAGGUUUGGAGAAACAAGAGGGUGAGUAAAUGAUGACAGAAAUUACAUUUUUGUCUCAAUUAUCACUUGAAUUCUUCCUGCUAAUCUAGGUUGUAUAGCACAGUGUGGAUAAACAAUCUAGUAAGUAUACAGUACAUGCAUGACAGUUUUUAUUUAAGAACUAUGGACCAAAAUUGUGGUAUGGAAUAGGGCUGAAAAUGCCCAUAUGCACAAUCCUGUUAGUAUGACAGAAACAGCACAUUGCGUAUGCAUAUCUGAUUGCUAUGUCUCAAAGGACGUUUCUAACUCAGUGUGAUACUAUGAGGUUACAUUUUCAUUUUUAACAUCUGCUGUAUUGGAGGACAUCUACAUGUAAUUAUUCUACAUGUCUGUUUUGAGUGAAGGCCAUAAAUUCCUAUUUUUAUGUAUUCAGGAUGAUGAAGAAUUCCCCUGCUUUAAAACAAUAUUCUUAAAAAAAAUAAAUAAAUAAAUAAAUAAAAAUGGAAGUGCGUGAGUAAGCAUAGUGAGUGCUUUAAAAAAAAUCACCAAAUAUGAUGAGACACUGUGAUGUAAUGUCAAAUGCUUAUGCUACUAAACAGCUUAACAAGUUUCAUCAUUGCAUUUAUAAAAUCAGAAGCACAAAUUAUACUUGCUUUACUAUUUUCAAGAUAGCACAAAUCAACCUAUAAGCAUAUGUACAAAGAAGAAUGUAUUUCCUCCAAAAAGGAAUGUGACGUAUUUGUAAGAGUAAUACUGUGUGAUCAUUAGUGAGGUUCAAUGAAAAAAUGCCUCAGAAAUGUGGUAGAAAGAAGCACUAUUAUUUUAAUGAUGCAAUCAUUUUAUAACCCUAGUUUUGCUUUCAGUACUGUAAAAAUGUUUUUAUUAUUAUUUAGAUGCAUAUUUAUUGGCUUUUUCAGAGUUGUUUUUGUAUUUAUUAAUUUUUGGCAUACAUUUCUACUGUUUCUACAUAGUAAACAUAUUAGUUAAUGAAGGCAGCUGUGAAAACCAUUGGUUCACACUAUUGUCAUAAAUGUCACUGGGAAAUUAAUUGUCAAGUAAAAGCCUGCACUCAUUGUUUAAUCGUGCUUUGCUAUUAAUUGGAUUACACUCUGAACAUUGGAGGUGCACGAGUGUCUCAUGAUUCCAUGCAACUGUAAAAUAAUAUGCAAUGUAGCUUAUGGAAAUUGCAUUUUUUUUUUCUUUUUUUUUUUCUGUACAGCUCUUUAUUGCUUUGUAUCACGUUCCAUUAAACAGUUGAAACAACUCUGACUUAGAUGUUGAAUUUUUAAAUAAUA